CGGCAAUGUGACGUUGUCACCACAGCGCGUGACAUCACGUUGCUCUCUUGUUCCAAAUCUGGUCAUACCCAAUCCGCACCGUGACUGCCGACUCUGCCAAGCGCCCUGUUUCUUCCAUACGGGACCAUGGCUAGCGCAUCCCCCAGCAAGCGCACAUUGACGAUCGAAGCGUACACGGAUGCGCACGCGCCUAAUGUGGUGCAUAGCUCGACUCCCGCGGACCUCGCGCUUGCGCUCCGGAACCUUGGAUCUCGCGUCAGGAAAAGCGUCACAGAGGGCUACAGAAAUGCGAGCCACACGUCGAGUGCUCCCUCCUCGCCAUCAAACCCGUUCAAUACCCGGACAGACAUUUUCACGUCAUCCAACGACAUUAUACGAAAUACCUUCAUCUCUCCACGCCCACCUGUCUCACCGCGGAAGAGGGGACGCGUCGAAGAGGAUGGUGAUGAUGGCUCGGAAGAGGAGGACAGGGACCCAGAACCCGUUACAGCCGUCGCCAACGAUGAUUUUUGGAACCCCAGACCUAUUAAGGCCAAGCCGAGACGAAUUUUUUUGCAGACGAAGUCGUUGCCUACUGAUAUUUUUGGCUCGUCUGCUCACUCAACUGAGGAAGCUGAUUGGAGCAUGGACACGUCGCAGCGGCCUGAUUCUAACCUAAUGGACUUGUAAGCUGUAAAGCUUGUAUCUUAAAGGUGCUUGUAUUGUCCAUACGAUACGCGCUCCCAACGCUCAAGCUCGAUCCCCAGCCCUCAGGCCGCCAUCAUUCUCCAUGCGAGCAGUACUGAUGACAAGUUGGAUCUGGAUCGGAGAUCCUCUCACUCGCUUAACUGGGGCGUUUCUAUCUUUCGCGGCAACAGUGGCCGAAUCGUAUAAAAUCAGCUCCUCGUUCCACUCUUCUCCCGCACUUGGGAGUGGCUCAAGACUGCGACACGACGACUCUCUUCCGCGUUCUGGUCAUCACAGUCGGGUCUUCUCCAAUCAUGAUGACGCGACGCCUUCGUGCGGGGACUUUAAAUUGCGACCAGCAUCUCCAUUUUACCUUUCAGCCGAGCGGGACGGAUGGGGAUCCGAGAGGGCUGAAUCGAGUGGCAGAAAUCUGUUUCGUGACGAAGAACAUCGCCAACGUGGUGACCUAUCUGGCAGCGAGCCUCCACCUCUUUUCGCUAUUGACACUCCCACUGCGACUUAUAUGUGGCCACCACUCAAACCCGCAUCUCAGAUGACGUCGGGGCCCAUUCUCGUGUCUGACCCACGAAGAAGCAUGGCUGAUUCCGGGGGGACUUCCGCCAAACGGCAGUCGUCACCUGCAUAUCUUGAGUCGACAGAUCCAACCUCGUCUGAUAUCGGUCCACCGCCCAAACAAGAACGCUGGGAUCUCCUCGCCCAAUCGCCCCCGCUUGCAUCCUCAAGUCACCAGGAGCCGCCGACAAUUGGGUCUUCCCCCGAACCUACUGGCUUCCCAUCACAAGGCUGGCAAAAGCACGCAGUCUGUCUGGACGGCCACAACGCGUUCCACUGCGUCUGGAUCACUCCCCGGGGCCAAUGUGGCUACACUUCAAAAAAGCAGCUGGUUAAGAGACAUAUCGAGACGACCCAUCUCAAAAUCAAGGGCCUUCAAAGGUACAUUGCCGUUCUCAUAGUCGUCUCCGGGACCAACACACGACUAGAGCUGCUACGGGAGUAUCGCAAACUCGAUGAUUCUAUUAUCGUCAGGCUCAACCGGGAAACUGCGAUGGCCCGGGAUCAAGAGCGUCUGUCAGGACGAGCACGGGAAACCGUUCAAGACCGGGCUUGCUUGAACCUCUGGCAGGAACUUGUCUCAAAUUGGAAACGGCGGCGACAACUCAUUGACUACUGCGUUGACGUGGUGGACCAAUCUAAGAACGAAAAACAGAGCGCUGCGCUGAAUGAAGAAAACCCCAGGAUGCGUCGGGCUGUGGAGGCAGCCGCGUUUGCUGACCAAGUUACAGUCCACGGCGAACUCUCCGUAGACACCAUCGUGAGACAACGUUCAUUGCAAGCGGGACCAUCCCGACACGGGAUUAGCGGUGCCAUUGGGACUCGUCGCAGCGCGAGUCGAUUCAACCCCCUUGCUUGGGCUCAACGGACGUUUCUGCCUGCACCAAAAGUGCAACCCGGUCAGAAGGACACGUCGUUAGCCAAGCCCGAAGAUAGCCCGAGUAUCUUUGCUCAAGUGGCGCCUGUCCAGACUGAGCAAGUUACCGCGCCAUCAACCCCGACACCUGAAGUGAAGGCAACAGCGCCGGCACCGGCGAUAGCGGCUGCAAAAUCAGUUCGACGAGCAGCUGCUCCUAACAACUCUCGUUACGAAACUGUAUUCCACAAGCAAUCCACAGACCCCUUCGUCAUUUCUCACCGAAAGCUCAACAAACUCGGAAGACAGAUCUCUGGGCAACCCAUUGAUUACGCUAUCCUCCAGAUGCAGUUCAGCAACAAACGCGCCUCUGUGAAAAUACAGGAACUGCUUGCGAAUGCUAAGCAGCGUGCCGUGCAGAAGAGGAAGAUGGACGCGCCAACUUUAGUUGUUGCGGAAGCAUGGGUGAGCAAGCGUUCGAAACGCUCGAAGAAAAUGGUUGCGCAAGGACGAGGUCAUCGGGGGACUCGGAUCAAGCCCAGUUCAUCCUUGACCAUUGUUCUCAAGGAAGGGAAAACCGUUGAGCAGCAGAAGGUCGAAGCGAGGAAACGAAAGCUGGCUAGAAUCGUUUCUGCCUCCGUCACUCCUGUCCGUGCCGACUCUUUCGAGAACACGGCUGUCGUUCGCACCAUCGAACUGGGCGGUUCUCUCGUUCAAGUGGUCACCACAUAUGCCGUGAAAUCUCUCGAAGCCGGCUCUCAGGUUUAUACUAUUGCUUUUGAUGACUCGGAGAUGGAAAAGACGAGUUGGUUGGAAGCCAGAAUCAAGGGGCAAACCAACCCGCUUCCCGUCACGAGCCGUGGUGUUGAUGCGACGAGUGGCCUCCACUCGAUCGACAUUACACUCCCCAAGGCUCCUGCCGUGGACUCAACUGUCAGUCUCGUCGUGGAGACUAUCCAAACCCAUGCCACGUACCCUUGGCCGGAGCGGGCGGGGCAGACUGAGCAGCAGGCGCUGAAGUACAAGACCAAUCUAUUUGUUCUCAGCCCGUACCGUACCGAACUACAGCGCACGAAAGUCAAGACCACUUCGCCUACGAUCCAUUCGUAUACCACUCCCAAGAACAUCGACUCGUUCACCAAGGACCAAGCCGUCACCAAGUCUGGAUCGACUGUCACUUAUGGGCCGUACCGCGGUAUUGCUCCCUCUGCGAACGAUGAGUUCAUUGCCAACUACCAGCAACCCAUCUACGUGCAUUACAACUACGACUACCCUGUCGCAGAGGUUCUUGAACUGAAGCGCUCUGCUGAGAUCAGCCACUGGGGUGCGAACCUCAACAUCGAGGACAAGAUCCACCUCUACAAUGCAGGACCCAAACUCAAGGGACACUUCUCACGGCUUGACCAUCAACUGAACUCGUUCUACAAGCGCUCCUCUCCGCAUGUCAUCCCCGGCCUUACGCUGCACCUUCCUGCUGGCAUCCAUGACGUGUAUUUCUACGACCUCAACGGCAACGUGUCGACCUCCCGCCUUCGCGCUGCUCCGUCUGUUCCCAAGAACUCGCUGGCCAACCAGUACAGCUUGCUCGAGAUGAAGCCCCGCUACCCCAUCAUGGGCGGGUGGAACUACAGCUUCACCUUGGGAUGGGACUCGCCGUUGGCAGAUUCUGCCAGCUACGAUGCUGCCUCCGGGAAGUAUAUUGUUCAGGUGCCCAUAUUCACCACGAUUCCGGCCACGGUCAUGAACGAUGUGGAGAUCACCAUCAUCCUUCCUGAGGGAGCUGUGGAUGUCGACUUUGCUUCGCCGUUUGCGCCCAUUUCGAGCCAAACAACGACCCAUGUCACUUAUCUCGACACGGUCGGCCGCCCCGCCAUCGCAUUGCGCUACAAAAAUCUGACGGAGAAGCAUGCGCAACACAUCUAUGUGUCGUACCGAGUGCCGUUUUCCGCGCAUCUCAAAAAGCCGUUGGCUGUGGCCGUGGCCUUUUUCAGCGUGUUCGCGUUUGCGCUGGUGACGCGCCGGGUAGAUCUCCGUAUCCACAAGAAGUAAACGUGAAAUCGAUUAUUCAUUAACAUGGGAGGCAAAACUGUGUAGUGUUACGAUAUGGCAGUCUGGUGGUGUCGGCGAUCUGGAAGGUGUAAGACUGCUGCUGCUUUCAGGGCAGAGCGGUUUGGUAGCAACACUUACGGGGUGAGGAACAUGUAGAUGCCGUUGAUCCGACCUUCGUCCGGGCAGGUGUAGAAGACCCCGUUGUUGGUCCCUCCGUUGGGUCCCGGAACGUCCAGCACGUACCGCAGCAUCGCUCCCUUCCAAAACCACGUGCCCCCGGUCACGAUCUUGGCUGAUGCAGGCUGCUUGCCCAACACAAGCUGCAGCGGUGGGACGCGUUCGGAGUGGCUUGUAUUCUUGAUGGCUACCGGAAAGAUGGUCGUCUCGUUGGUGAUCUGCCAGAGCUGGUUCUUGCUGAUAGCGAACAGCGGCGGGUUGUUGGGAAGGAGCAUCGCCGUCAGAUUCCCCGACUCUCCUGCAAGAAAGAAUGAGCAUGCUUCCCCGAGCCGUGGCUGGUGUGCUGCUCACCAGGGACGUGGCUCGUCAAGUGCUGGACCGCAUAUCGCGAAUUCAUCACGAGCUGUGGACCCAUAAUCUGGCUUUGACCGACUUGAGAACAACAUCUCGUCUCAUUGGUGGAGAUACGCACAUCGGGGUGGUCCAGGGCACGAGCGAUCCAAUGAAAUCGCUGUGCGAAUUGAGACCGCCCCACGUUGGCAGUGCAACAGCAUAGCACGCUAACAAGAGCAGAAUCCACAAAUCCGAACCUCUUUAUGGCGGUAGCACGGGUCUGACGUGGAGCCCUUCUUUUUUCCGAGCUUUGCGCGAAUCAGCGCGGACUGGUGUCCAAGUGACCAGCCUAAUUACGCGAUGCAUCACACGUGAUCGCGACGAGUUUUUCCUCCGGCGCUUCCUUUGCAUGCUUCGCCAGAGCGUGCUCAGCCUCCGUCCCCGCCCCACUCUAUUAGCAUCGUGCAGCAGUCCACUUCCAGCGCAGAGCUCAUCAACCGCCUCGUUUCACCAUGCUGCCACCUUGUCUGCUGCUGGCGGUGCCAAAGAGAAGGCGAGGUGGUCCAAAAGUGGAACAGCCCGCAAAGACUCCGCGUCCAAACCCCCUCGCUACCUUACCCGCGCGAUGAAGGAGCCCGCCCCGACAACCAAACGCGACGUUAAUCCCCGCUUCCGCUCCCGGCACUCGGACGCCACGCCCGUCAAUAGCAGCAACCAGUCAAAGGAUGGCACUAUGCGCCUGCUACAACCUCACGUUCUAGCGCAACGGCUCAAGAAUCUCGCUGCACAGGAUAGGAUCGAUGUUGCUAUACAGAUGCUUCAGAAUGCACCCUUGGCGGCGCAGAACACGCCCGUGUGGAACACAUUGAUUUGGGAGUGCAUGAAGGCGAAGCGGUUCAAGUCCGCGUAUGCUCUAUUUGUGGAUAUGAAGCGCCGUGGCAUGGUCCCGACGACAAGGACGUUCCAGACCAUGUUCAACGGGUAUGCGCGCAUAGAAGUCUGGGCAUCCCACACACAGCAAAUGUCGAAUGUUCGCUCGCUCUACGAGUUCUACCAGCGGCAUAUCGAGAUGCUCAAGAAGAAGGACCCGCACGAUCCCGAACUUGGGGUGGAUGCGCUGUCCGGCUACAUCUCUAUCCUCGGCAACGCCGGCAGAUUCGAUGAAAUCUUCGUGCUCUAUCAUACCUGGCUGGAGGAUGGAAAUAUCGCCUCAAACAAGUACAUUUUUACGGCCAUGUUCAAAGCGCUGUCUGCAUCCAACGCGGGUGUGUCCGCAACGCAGCUGGCUAAAAACGCCACGGACGCGAGGGUGCUGUGGGCAGAGGUCGUCACAGCCAAGCGCGAGUCGGGGCUCGAGGUCGACUCGUUUCUAGUGACCGCUGCGAUCGCUACGCUUUCUCGGGGUCAAAAACCCGAGCACAAACUUGCGUUCCAGAUCGCGGAGCAAUAUUUGGGGCUCAAGGGCGAUGGGCAACCGGCAGAUCAAGGGUUGAUGCCACUGACUGCCCAGAGCUUUGCUGCGAUCCUUUCGUUAUGCAACGCGAGCGACCGGCCAGCUGAUGCGAUCCACUUCUUCGAACAGGUGAAACGGCGGCCGGCUGCGAGCGGGGGGCUGGACAUCGUUGACCGUGCGCACAUCGAAGAGCUUCUCCGGGCGCAUCUCGCUCGGGAACCCCAGACUGCAAGGGCGGCCGUCGAGCUCCUUGAGUUUGCCCAGGAAGUAUCCCUGCGCGCUGGGAAUAAGAUCCGGCCCGGCACCGUGACCUUCAAUCUCGCUUUGACGCUCUGCUGGCGCACGAAAGACUGGAAUUCGGCUUCCAAGGUGUUCAGCCAGAUGACGGGGUACCAUGCUCACGACUUUGCGGAUGGAGCCGUGCGAGCCGUGCCUCGAACGCGGAGACAAGGCUUGGUCCCGACACCUGAGACGAUGUCACUGCUCCUUCGGACCGCACUGGCGACGGAGAAUCCUGCCGCGGUCCGCCAGUGUCUGCGCAUCGUAGCGCAUUUCCAUUAUAACGUGGCCGGGCUCUUCGUGGAACCCGAGGACGUGGCUCCCAGGACACGGAAGAACUGGGGCUUCCAUGUGCAAAAGGCGGCGGCUGCCGUCAACGAGGCUGUGCAAUUCAUUAAAACCAGAGAUCAGAGCAGCGAAGUGCGGGAAUGGGAGAAGCUGCAGCGAGUGGCCCUCGCCCAGGGCAAACGUGGCGAUGUCGCCGCCGCACCGCCCAAGAAGCCGACGACGACCAGACGAGGGAGCAGUAGAUACGAGAUGGCAUUUGUGUAGUAGCACUUUAUUCAUAAGUAACUGGGCAAUACAGAAAUCCAUGCGAGUUGUCCAACAAGAUUAGUAGAUAAGUGAGAGAUGGAGACGUAAACGAGGCCGACUAGGCGAUGCUCUUCGGCCUGCCUCCGUCAGAAUGGAAUGCAGGCGACGGCGGAUUCAGCCCGGACACAUCGGAGGACACGAAGCUCUGUGGACGGUCACCGGGACGUCCCGUGUACUCCCGCGGGACAAACAAUCCGCUGCUGUUGGAUGCUUGGCGGCGGCGGGGGAUGGGGGCCGGAUUGCCUGCAAACUGGUCGUCACUCAGCUGCACCGAAUCUUGCCGGGAGGGUGCCGGGAUUUGCCGGGCAGGGGGAACGGGCGGGGGCUGCCGCGAGGGGGACUGCCUCGAAGGUGGCGGGGGGAAUUGGGCUGGGGCAGCUGCAGGAGCAAUGAUCUCCGGUUGGAGAGGUGGGGGUAGCGACACUCCCUCAGAAGCCAUCGCCGUUGGAGACGACACAAACACCGAGUCCUCUUCAGAAGGACUGCGCUGGUUUCCAGCGCUUCGAGACUGGAUGCUGGGUGCCACCAGCGAAUCUUCCGAGGCGUGUCGCUGGUAGCUUGCACGCUUCGCUAGGUCACCGGAGUCACCCGCGAAUGGACUGGCGCCUUGUGAAGGGGCCGUAAACGGCUGUUCCUCCACGGUACUGACAGGCCGAUCCAUGUGACGCAGACCACUGCUCUUGAAGGCCCUCGCCUGCGGAGAGGGUGGGAUGAACAUGUCAUCCUCAAUGGCCAUCGAGACCGGUGCUCGAUCUGCCAUCGGGACGCCAGCCGCAAAACUAUCGCGCGGAUUCAUCGACAUCGGCCGCAUUGCACUGAAGUCCUCCGUGAUCGCCAUCGACACAGGCUGAUAAGCAUGCGGCUGUGGAUCGGCUCCGGCAAUGUAGCUGUUGCGAGGAUUCAUCGGCAGAGGGGUUGCCCGACCCCGGUUCCUCCUGGCAGUCGCACGAGGCUGCCGAUUCCGACACAUGUAGACCACACCAAAGACAAUCAGAGCCAGCAAAACCGCAGCGUUCAAAGCCAUGAUGCCCAACAUCGCAGGCAAGUAGGUCACAAUCUUGUUCAGGGUGUUGUUCAGGUCUCCCGAGAUGGUCACAGAACUGGCUGAACCCGGAGAACUGUUAGCAGCAUUGUAGGUGAUGUUGGUGAUGGCGACCCCGCCGCGAGCAGCAUGGAAAUCCUUUGAGGCGGUAGUUGGAUCCACAAGAGACAGCAGCUGCACAUAGGGGUCCCCCAUCGUCAAAGUCUUGUCAAAAUCCCCAAAGUCGUACACGGCAUACAGAGACCGCAGAACACUGUCUCCCAGCAAAAAGUCGCUGUGCCAAAUUGAACACAACAGAACAAGUAAAUGAAGCGACGAACUCACAAUUCGC